AGACCAGACCAGACCCAACCCAUCUCCUACGACCAUCUGUCUCUCGGUGUGUUUCUGUGAUCCUCUCUCUCUCCACAAACCUAAAAUCUCGGGGACUUUCGAUCUCAGAGGAGGAUCGAGAAAGAGAGGAUUAUCGAUGACGAUCGUAUCGACGCUUCUCGAAUUGAAUACGGCUAAAUGCUAUGCUCCGAGCUUCAUCACCGUCAAUCUCUGUCUUGCUCUUAUCGAUGGCUCUCUCGCUUUCAUCGCAUUCCUUCAGUUAACUCGAUUUCACCGGCGGGAUAAACGAGUUGGAUGGACACGGCAAAAAGUGCUUCAUCUUAUGAUUGGCUCCUCAAACACUGGUUCUCUCAUCUAUUUCGUGGCUGCGGUUAUUGCAACUUGCACAAGGUGGCAUCAUUGGUCCACCGCAUUAGGUUUUCUGCUUAUGGCGUUUCCAAAGAUUCUGUUUCUUGCAACUUUUCUCCUGCUUCUCUCUUUCUGGGUAGAUGUUUGCCAUCAGGGAAAUGGAGAAGAGGAGGAUGAGGAUGAUGAAGAAAACAGCAUCCAGCAAGGGUUGCUCGAGAAAAGCAAGAGCAAAGCAGGCUCUUCGAGUGCAAGUGAUCGCAGAAAGUGUUGCUCUUUCCAUGGCAUUCAUCUCGGCACAAGGCAGAAGUUUGUAGUUGCGGCGGUUGUUCUUGUGUUCAUCUUGAUGAUAUCAUUUGCAAUCCUUAUCUGGAUUGCUUCCGGUGAUAACUCUGCCGACCCUUCACUGUUGGCUGAGGUGUAUGUAGAUAUUUUUGCUUCAAUAAUCUUGAUCACAGGAGGAGGAAUAUGCUUUUAUGGCAUGCGUCUGCUCUUUAACCUAAGGAAGGUACGGUCUGAACAAGUAUCAGCAGAGAUGCGAAAGGUAUCAGGUUUAGCAGGGGUCUCAGUUGUAUGCUUCACCGUGAGCUCUUUACUCGCUCUUCUCACACACAUCCCUCUCUUCUACCAUUGGAACCCAAGCAAAUUGCACGGUGUCAAGGCAUUGGUUCUUCUGAUCAUAUACUAUUUCAUAGGUUCGACAGUACCAUUGGCUUUUGUUUUAUGGGUUUUGAGGGAGUUACCUCCUCAAGAGAUUGUGAGUAGACGAGAAGAACCAAGAAGAAUCACUUAUGUCAACUAUGAAAGUGUUCCAAGGCACCCUCCUCAGCAGCAGUGGACUGCCACAACCGUUUCUAAGAAUCAGGUUUCAAAGGCAAGUCCAAUAUGAGCCGACCCCAAAUAAACAUAUCAUAGUGAUUAGCCUAAAGUGAAAAUCCGCCAAUGUUCCUCCCUUGUUGUUACCGGGGGUAAAAAAAAAAAACUCGUGAAGUUGCUUACUGGUUCUUAGGCCUAACAAGGUGUGUUGUGCUAGAAGGAAACGAAAGUGGAAACAACCUCGUUUUCUUCUCUCUCUCUCUCUCUCUCUCUCUGCGUCGCCUUGGAAGAAAACAGUUUGUUUAUAAAGAUAGAAUGGAGGUUGAAUCUGUGGAUGCUCUGUAAAUAUUCUUUGAUUGCAUGUUUUUUCUUUUAGUGUUAGUUGCACUUGCAUGAUGUGUUGUGGAUACAUAUAUUACUUCUUUUUGGUUAACGUGUCUAUCAAUUUUCUCAUUAAAAACGUU